AUGCCCGUUGAUAACAAGAGAAUUCCGGGCCCUGAAAUAACGCAACCAGUUGUUUUAAGAGAAGAAAAACGCCUUCGAAAGCCUCUGGUAACUUCGAUCAUGCGAUUUCGUAUUGUUUAGUUUCUAGUGGUAGUUAUAUCACAGUCUUUGUUGUAGAUCAGCAGGGAGGGCUUGCGACAAGAUGGCCGCAAAGAGGACGAACUGAGGCCAAUGUGUAAGUUUGCUGUGAAUUCUGUACGAACGUCUUGCAUUAAGGUUUAAAAGAAAAAUUAAGUUUUUAUUUUUUUUUAAUUGGUUAUCCUAUAGCUAUAAAACAUCAAAUUGAUUUAACGUAUGUGUGUAACCAAGAUCAGAGAUAAAUUCAGGGGCACCCAACGACUGUUUUCUGUAAAAUAUCUGUUCGGAAAAGCAUUCCCUAUAAUUAUAGGAUGACCGAACAGAUACCAAUUUUAUAAAACCGCUUAGAUUGCAAGUCUAGAGAUCUAAAAAUACUCUUGAUAGCCUAAAAAGUGUUUUCAAUGUAUGUAGGCGGAAACUGUCGUUGGUUGCCCCUGUUAAUUUGGUCAUUGUGAUCGCCAUUGUAUUUUUCAGUUCUUCGUUCAGGAGUUGUAAGUCAGGCAAGGGGAUCAGCUUACAUUGAGAUGCAAAGAACCAAGGUUACAUGUGCAGUGUAUCCUUAUGCAUAAAUACCAAUAGUACAUGUGACUUGAAAGUUGGCUGCUUGAGGCAUUGAUCAGUAAGCUUCCACUAUGGGCUGCCAGCUCAUAGGUGAAAAAAAGUAUUUCUUCAAUUUUCACCUUUUUGUUUUAGUCUAGUGAGUGCAAGCUCCUGUUACCCUUUAGGGACUGUAUGUUAUGGCUGAGCAGAGUGGGGGUGGGGAGGGGGGAAACGGAGCAGUGUUUAGAAUAUUUUCAAAAUCAGUGGAACUGGAGGGUUCAUUUUUCAAAUUCAGGUCUAGGCCAAAUGUUGAACUUUUCAUGAGAUGAACCAAUCUCGAAUUUGGGUCGACCUUAAUAAAAUUAAGUAAAGAUCCUCUGUUGGGAAGAGAAGUAAUAAACUGCACUUGAGUCACCUGCUACACAACUGCUUGAAAGCUCUUGAAAAUAACAAAAAUGUUUAUAUCAGGUCCAUUUACAGAUCUUUGCUAAGGAUGCCUAGGCUGGCGCAGAAAGGUUGCAUAGGACCAUGAGACCUGUGAAGGCACCUAAAGGCCUAUCAAAGGGCAGUGUUUGUCUCUAAACUUCAUUUUGUUUACAUGUGACAGUUUGACUUUAACAGAAGCUCAGAUAUGGCCCUAGAGAGUCAUCAAGACAACAAGAAUUUAAUCAAAAGGUUUAAGUCCAGUGAUGACUGGCAGUUGAUAAUAUUUAUCUUUAAGCUUCGCUCUGUAAUUUUAGUCUUUAUGGAAAAAAUUAUAUAUGAUACAUUAAAUGUGAUAAUAAUUUCUGAAAUAGUCCAUAUUUUCUUUAUUAGGGAAAACUCACCUGUGAAUUUAAAUUUGCACCAUUUUCUUGCUGGCAGAGAAGACAGCAUAUGCAGGUACUGCCUGGGUAAAUUCACUUCUCUCCAUUUUUCUUUUGAUGUUGUGGUUCACUUUUUUUUCUGUACAAUUCUCAAAUAAGUUCAAUUUUAUUUGAUGUCCUGGAAAUGUGAUGGUGAAUUUUAAGCUUGGUGAAUACACAAGAGAGAUGCUAUUCAAGUCAGUAACACAGGUCACUCUUUUUUUCAAGAAAAAAAUUCCUAUCACAUUAGGUGUUCAGUGGCACAUUGUUGUUGUUGUUUUUUUCUUGGUUAUGCUAUCAUGCACAUGAGCACACAUCAACUUUCCAGAGCUAGCAGCUUGCAGGAUGUUUGACACAUGAACCUAGUAUAAAGGUCCUAGCUUCCACAAGUCUCAUGGAGUGGUGGAGCAUCUGGACUAUAGUAGCCAGAAGGUCACCACUUUUGGAGAACUCAGAUUUUUUUUCUUCUAAGUGGCCUACUGUCACUGACUGAAUUAAUAUACAUGGAGUAAUGCCUAUUGUGGUCCAAUCAAUCAUGGCAAAGAUUAGGCCAUAAUUUCAAGCAAGCCACAAAACCACAAAAUUAAAAUGUACGCUUGCGAUGUAAUUUUCUCAUGCCCAAUGUUUUCAUCAGGACUCAGAAGAGAAAGAGUUUUCCUCUUUUGUUGUGCAAGCCUUGGAGCCAGCUGUUUGCCUGGUAAGAUUAAUUUUUACGCUGGUGUUUGUUGUUUAAUAUUUUUUUUGUUUUUAAGAGGCAGAUAAAUAAUGAAAGGCAAGGUUGUAGUGAAAAUUUCCUGAGCUGAAAAAUUAGUAAAGCCUAAACCUGAAACAGCCAUGGCUAUAAAAUGAAUUAAUUUUAAAAUAUUAUAUCCAGCUCUAAAGCUGCCCAUCCAAAUGAAAGCAAUUUAACAUGGUUUUUUCUAGCAUGGAAAUUACAGCAUUUUGUUGUUUAGGGUGAGGGUAAUCAGGUACUGCUCUAUAGAACUGUUGGAAGGAUCUUGCUUUCCACAAAAUAGGGGCCAUGCAGAAAAAAGGAAUAUUUGAAACACAAUUCUGUUUCCAUCAUGAAAACUACAGAUUUUCUGGGUAAACUGAUCAAAAGAGCUUUUGAAGAAAAUGUCUUCCUUUGUUACCAUUAAAAAUAGUAAAAACUUCUUUUCUGCUUUGUUUGCUUACAGGAAAAAUUCCCUAAGGCCCAAAUAGAUAUCUAUAUCACUGUUCUAGAGAAUGAUGGUAAUGGUAGGUUAUCUGUUUCUGUUAAAAAAUAUUGCUCAUUAAAUAUGUAAAAAUUGUAAAGUGUGCGCUAACCACAAAGUAACAACUGCGUCGCUUAUUGGAGGUGGGUGCCCGGGAUGUCCAGGGGCUUCCGCUUUUGGCACAGCCAGCCUCUAGAUAGAGUUACGCCUCCAUGGCUGGCAAACCCGCGCCCUCCAGCCAUGAGACCCCAAUGAUCCUAAGGCUAAACGAGGAGAGUGGCCACCAGGGAAACGUUGUACUGAGCACAUAUCAUGGAGGUGAUGCAAGCAAGGCUGACUACGCUUGAGCCAAACGACUGACUGCUGACCACACCCUUGCUCCUUGUUGUUAAUUGUGUGAAAUAAAUGUAACUUCAUUUAACUCUGGUUUAGAGCGGUUUUCACUUGACUGUCGUAAAACCAAAACCAAAGUAAAUACACUAGCCAACCAAAGGGCGUAGUAAAACCAAAACCAAACCAAUUCCUCAAUUACUUUCGACAGUCAAGUGAAAACCGCUCUAUUAAGUCCUUAGGAGCUUAGCUCCUUAUAAUACAACAAAAGAUAGAACCAUAAACUGGAAUAUCUCAGUUGAAAAGAAAAAAGAUAUUGUCUAGAUAGGUCGUCAAAAGAGAGAGUCUAUAAUAACAGCAGACAUGUGUAAUUUGUGCUGGGUAUUUACUUGAUUCAUAAAAAAAGCAACUUUUUUUGGUUUGGAUCAGCCCUGUCUGCAGGUAUUAUUUGUGCCUCGCUGGCAUUAGGAGAAGCUGGAAUAGAAAUGUAUGAUCUUGUCUCUUCAUGUUCUUUGGUAAGUGUUAAGUAAACAACAUGUAAUUGUCUUAAUUAUUUAAUAAAAUGAUAUUUGUGUUAUAGAUUUUGUAAAACAGCAUGUUAUUGUCAUGUUAUACAUGUAGAUUUGUAUUAUUACUGGUAACACAUAAAUAAUAUUAUAUGAACAACGUAUAUUUGAACAACAAUUAUUUAAUCGUACAAUCAAAUGAGUAUGCAAUUAUCAGUUGUGAUGAUCUUUCUAAGUGUAGUUUAUUUGUACAAUCAUGUGAAUUUGACUAAUAUACAUAUUUUAAUAGGCCUCUUCCAAGUUCUGGAAAUCCUCACUUUCAAACAAGGCCAAGUGCACAACCUUUCUUGUGAAAAUGAGUUUUAUUUGCAUGAGAAUGAAAAAUCAUUUCCAAAUCAAAGCUUGAAUACUUAGCCUCGUUUUGAUACAGAAGACCGGAAAUGGCCGAUUUUUGUUUGCUCAUGGAACUGAUUGCUUAAAAUUAUGCAUGUUAUUGUCAGAUACAAAAAGGUUCUACAUCACUUAUGGAUCCUACAUUUCUUGAGGUAUUUAUUUGGAGCAUUUUUUAUAUAGAUGUAAAUAUAUCCAUUCUGCAUUGUGAUGAUCUGUAUUUAUUUUUAAACGAAUCUUUUUGAUAAUCACCUGAGUGCAGGCAACAUACAAUGUUUGUACAAUCUCCCACUUUGAUUCAGCAAUGAAAUCUGGAUUUAAUUAAUUUUGUAGUUGUAUAAUUGUAACAAGAUUCUUCAUUGUGAUUUGCUAUUAUAUUGCAAUGUUUUGACAUUAACAGAAUUUAAGGGUGUACUGUAAUUUUUAAUUAUAGAAAUCAGAGGUUAAUCUACAGAUAAAAAAGAUAAUGUUGUUUGACAAUUUUACUUUAAAUACCUUUUUUUCUUCUCAGGGUGUGUCUCCAGAGGUUGACGGGAGAGUCACUGUUGCUUUCUUACCCACACUGAACAUAGUCUCUGGGUUGUUACAAGAUGGCGAAUUGGUCCAUGAUCAGGCAGUUAAGGUAAGCUUUACCGUUUUCUCCUGCCUUCCACAGUUUAGUAGCAAGUUUGUUUAUAGUUAGGCUUCACACAUCCUCACUGCUUCUUAUGGCAUUCUAUAAUUUCUUCAAAAAGUUGAAACCCUCCUACAGUGGCAGUACAGUUGUUCAUAAGUAAAUGUAUAAAGCUGUGCUUUGGGAACUAAGAUCAGGUGGUUGAGGAUGAAUACUGUCAUCAUAUCUUGUACUAUAUUUGCUUCACUGUGCACAUGCAUGAUGUUACAACAUUGUUUAAUUACUUAAGUUUUUUAAUUUAGUUGUAUGCCUGCUUUCACAGCAAUAGAGUACCGAAGUGUGACGUCAUAGAAAAUGAAAUUUGUGAAAUUAUGGGAUUUGUUAAGCUAUUCUGAAAGAACAACGUCCAAGACUCCUACUCGCCAAAAAUUAGCAAUUUGGGGCAGAUUGUCUCUGAGAUAUUAGCCCAGUUAUGCUCCGAUGACUCCAUACAAAUCCUUCUAAAUCUUGCCUGGUUCCUAUGAACCAAGCCAAAUUUAGAAGGAUUUGUAUGGAAUCGUCACAACAUAACUGGGCUAAUAUCUCAGAGACAAUUUGCCCCGAAUUGCUAAUUUUUGGCGAGUAGGCGUCUUGGACGUUGUUCUUUCAGAAUAGCUUAACAAAUCCCAUAAUUUCACAAAUUUCAUUUUUAUGACGUCAUCACUUCGGUACUCUAUUAAGCUGAGAAAAUUAGGGUCAGAGUUAAAAGGAAUUAACAAGCAAAAGAAAAAAUAACAUGGGCAAGGACUCCUUCUCACUUGAGCCAUGUUUGUUGUUCAAAGGCCCUGGCAGUCAGCUCUCUUCCUGGGUUCACUUUAAACAAAAAGGUGAUAUGAUAGGUCAUGGUAACUAACCCUGGACCCACGCUAUUUGUUCUUUGAACAAGUUAACGUGAAGUUUUAGGUGUUAACCUUGGUGUCAUCAUGCCUUCAUGCCCACAAACUGAAUUUCAGAAACCUCGUCUACUUUGCUAACUCAGUAAGUUAGAGAGUGGAGGAGGCGGCUGAAAUUAAGGCUACCAUAUCCAUUGAACUACACUUACUAAUGUUGUUGUUGCCAUUUUAAUAUGUAGGCAGUGAAAUCCUGCAUGGAGGGUUGUGCUCGUAUUUACCCAGUUCUUCAAGAAUCCCUUGUUCAGGCAGUAAAACGAACUAUGAAGUCCAAACAACAGGAUGCAAGUUAG